UCGCCUUCCUGGACGCUCUUGUUUCGUCUACCCCAUUAGCUUCCGUUACGUUCGUAGGCGCUUCCUCAACUGGGCUAGCAGCAAACAGCAACAGACAAGAUGUUGGUUUUGGUGUUAGGUGACCUGCACAUCCCCCACCGGUGCAACACGCUGCCAGCCAAGUUCAAGAAGCUGCUGGUCCCGGGGAAGAUCCAGCACAUUCUCUGCACAGGCAACCUUUGCACCAAGGAGAGCUACGACUACCUGAAAACUCUCGCUGGGGAUGUCCACAUUGUGCGGGGAGACUUUGACGAGAACCUGAACUACCCCGAGCAGAAGGUGGUGACAGUGGGCCAGUUCAAGAUCGGCCUCAUCCACGGCCACCAGGUCAUCCCCUGGGGCGACAUGGCAAGCCUGGCGCUGCUCCAGAGGCAGCUGGAUGUCGACAUCCUCAUCUCGGGACACACGCACAAGUUCGAGGCUUUCGAGAACGAAAACAAGUUUUACAUCAACCCCGGCUCUGCUACCGGGGCCUACAACGCACUGGAAAGAAACAUUAUCCCCUCCUUUGUACUAAUGGACAUCCAAGCGUCUACAGUGGUGACGUAUGUUUAUCAGCUGAUCGGAGAUGACGUUAAGGUGGAGAGAAUUGAGUAUAAGAAGUCCUAAAGGACAUAUGGGAGAAGGAGGAAUGGCAGAAGAGUUAGGUUAAUGAGGCUCAGCGUCAUGUUUCAUUCCUGUCCACCAGGGGGCAGCAGCUCCCUCAGUUCACCGCAGUGUUAAUGCUGUAGCAAAACUGCUCAUGAACUUAACUCUAAAAUGCUUGUGUAUAAUAUUUUUUAUAAGUCAAUCGCAUUAACUUGUAAGCGAGCUUUCAUUAGAGGAUACAUUAAUGUCACAUGUUUUGUUAUGAAAAAUGAAUUUGGUGACUUUUUUUUGGUGAUUUUUAUUUUCACCCUUAUUAAAUCCUGUCCAUGUGACCAACACACCUUUAGCUUUCUGUGACCUGCCUUAUUCAUUCACUUCCACAAUAAAGAUGGGAUUUCCCUCCAUGUGUUUCCCAA